AUGGAUGACUUGGGUCAAGCGAAGUUCAUCAUCAAAAUAUAUGAUAAUGGAAAUGCUGAACAGUCUGUGGAACAAAUUGUGAAAGCACUGGAAAAGUCUGGAAACGCCGUCGCCGAAAUUUUGGAAAUGAAACCAAAUGGAAAAUCAAGUGGAGGAUCAAACCUGGAAGAUAUUUAUCGGACCCGUGACUAUAUCAUACAUGGAGAGCAUAUGGUAGAAUCUGCUCAAGAAGGAGACACUCCAUCGAGGACUGUUGGAACUGUGCAAGUCCUGGAAGAUUCUGUUGGCAACGAUCUGGACUUUCUCACAGCCUGUGAAAAGUCUGAUCUCUCUGUCAUGGGAUCUUCUUCUCAAAAUCUUUACUUUGCUGCCGAUGGAGCAACUAACGAGGCAGUGUACCAGCCAGGUAGCACCAUUUGCAGCGAAGAGUUUUUUCAACCGCCAUCUAGAUGUAAUCAAGACUUCGAAAUUAGAGGUAUUGACAUGGAAGAGGAAUUCGCUCUGGAAGAUUCUUUGGACAUGGGUCCAUACCCACAAAAUCAGCGUCAACUCGGAUCAGCAACUCGGAUCGGAGAGUUCAACCGCCUCGAUCUAGCCGCCUACGAUGGUUUCGAAGGAUUUGAUACUUCUGGACCGUUUUCAUUCACCAACAAUCCGAAUUUGAGUUGUGGAAGAGCAACUUGCCAGCAGCAAAAGCAGUUUAGGACUUUGAAAAAGCGCAGGGUGCUCUACUGCACUCCGCCAACUACCAAUCUUUGUUUGAAACUAUCUGGAAAAGCGAAAAAGGAUGCUGGCACUUCGAAAUUCAUUUGUCAGCUAUGUUCAAAUACGUUCUACGGACCUAUGGAAAAACUAAAGUAUCAUGCUCAUUAUCAUUGCAUCAACAAAUGUUACUGUAACUAUUGCGGAAAAACAUGUGCCUCGCCCGAAAUUGCAAUUGAGCACCAUUUGGAAGCCCAUGGCGUCUCAGAAAUGAUGGGAGAAGUGGUUCAGUGCUUCGGAGAGCAGCUCAAGAAGUUUUCGGUAUUUUGGAAUGAUAUGGCUGCUAGGGAACAAAUGAAGCAAGAUUUUUUCAAUGGAAGAAGAUAA